AUGGCAAAUGAGGGAUGUUUUCCUCUCGGAAAAAGAGGUAGCAGAAGUGGGGUCUCCGCCGUAGUUAUACGACCACCGUGGACAAAGCGCGCUUUGUGCAUUGAGAGCGAGAGACUGGCACUUCUGCAGUUUAAGCACGAUCUCAUAGAUGGUGCCAACCGGCUCGCUUCAUGGAAUACUGCAAACAUCGGCUGCUGUAGAUGGUAUGGAAUUGUCUGUGAUAACUUCACCGGUCAUGUCCAAGAGCUUCACCUUCGAGGACCUGAUCCGGAACUUGAAGAAGUAUCUAUUCAAAUGCUAGCAGGAAAAAUAAACCCUUCGCUGCUUUCGUUGAAACAACUCAAGUAUCUAGAUUUGAGCUGCAACGAUUUUGAAGCUACCCGAAUUCCUAGUUUCUUUGGCUCUUUUCAGAACUUGGAAUAUCUGAAUCUCUCAAUGUCACAAUUCUAUGGUCCAGUUCCUUACCAACUGGGGAAUUUGUCCAUGUUGGUUGCCCUUGAUCUCAGAGAGGGGCGGUGGCUAGGUAAUGUUCGCAUUAAGAGUCUAGAUUGGUUGUCUGGUCUCCCUUUGUUGCAACAUCUAGAUAUGUCUGGUUAUGAUCUUAGAAGUGUUUCCAAUUGGCUUCAAGUGAUCAACACCCUUCCGUCUUUGGUGGAAUUGCACUUGUCUUCAUGCCAUCUUUCUCAAAUCCCUUAUCGUUUAUCAGAAGUUAAAUUUACUUCACUUACCAUCCUCGAUCUUUCGUAUAACAUUUUCGAUAGUUUGAUGCCUGGGUGGAUUUUUACUCUGAAUAAGCUAGUUUCUCUGGAUCUGUCUAGCUGCUUUCUUCAUGGUCCAUCUCCUGGUAAUGCUGGUGGUUUUCAUAACAUGACUGAUCUAAAGUUUCUUCUUGUUCCUGAAAACGAUUUUAUGAACUCGUUUUUGGUUUUGAGGGGGUUGUUGAGCCUAACUGGUCUUGUGUCCCUAGAUAUUAGUACCUGCAAUAUUUCAACUUCAAUUCUAGGUGGUCUUCAGAAUAUGACUUCCCUUGUUAGUAUCGACUUGGCACGAAAUCAAAUUGUGGAGACGUUUCCGAAUUCAUUCGGCAACCUUUGCAACUUGAUUUACAUCGAAAUCCGAGAUAAUUACAUUAGCGGAAGUAUAUCAGAGAUUAUAAAUAGUUUCUCUGAAUGUAAAUCACCUAAGUUGGAGCAUUUAGGGUUUUCUACAAACGGAUUUUCUGGUUCUAUACCAUAUAGACUAGGAAAACUUCAAAAUCUAGUUACUCUUGAUCUUGCAUUCAAUCAUAUUUCUGGUACACUUCCAGAUUCUUUAGGAAGAUUGUCAUUCUUAAGGAAGUUGAUACUUAAUGUUAACUCCAUUUCUGGUCUGAUCCCCGAUUCACUUGGAAACUUAACAUCACUGGAAUGGUUAGAGAUUUCUUUCAAUAAUUUCAAUGGAACUCUACCUGAAAGUGUAGGUCAACUAGGAAAAUUGACAUAUUUGAGUGUCCAUCACAAUUCGUUAACAGGAGUUUUAACCGAAGAUCACUUUACGAAUCUCACGUCUUUGAAGACUUUAUGGGCAGAUGCAAACAUGUUAACUCUAGAACUAAGUGUUGAUAAUUGGGUUCCUCCUUUCCAGCUUGAUAUCCUGAGAAUAGGUUCUUGGAAUUUAGGCCCUAAUUUCCCAUCAUGGCUUCAGUCACAAAGAAACUUGAUGAAUUUGGACAUAGCCAAUGCAGGAAUUUCAGACAUCGUGCCUAGUUGGUUUUGGAUCUCAUUUUCUGAUAUUUUAUUCUUGAAUGUGUCUCAUAACAAUAUCCGAGGGAUGUUGAUAGGAAAUCUUAGUAUCCUUGUACCAGAGGCAGUAGUAGAUCUUAGUGACAACCAAUUUGAAGGCCCGUUGCCUGGAACAUUCAACGAAGUUGACAUUCUUCUUCUUGAUGUUUCAAACAAUAAUCUUUCAGGAUCUCUUGAGAUGUUCUUGUGUCCUAGUUUAAAAAAAGAUAGACAACUUAAGGUUCUCGAUCUAGCCAACAACAAUCUGUCAGGUAUUAUCCCAGAUUGUUGGACGAAUUGGCAAGCUUUAUCAGUUGUAAACUUUGAGAACAAUGGUCUUUCUGGAGAACUUCCACAAUCUGUUGGGAGCUUAUCUUCCCUCCAAUCACUCGACAUCCGCAAUAACAAGCUCUUUGGGAAACUACCUGCAUCUCUGUUGAAUUUGAAAAGCUUACAAAUUAUUGAUCUUGCUGAGAAUGAAUUCACUGGAAGCAUACCGCUGUUGAUAGAUGGAGAAGAAACAAAGUUGAAACUAGUCAGCCUCAGGUCAAACAAGUUGGAAGGUGAAAUCCCAGAUGAACUUUGUCGCCUUACUUCUAUCCAGAUCUUGGAUCUUGCCCAUAACAAUCUUUCAGGAACCCUCCCAACAUGUUUUCACAACUUCAGCCUCAUGUCCGGAAGGCAAAAUUCAAGUGAAAUUGUGCUAUAUGAUUUGCCAUUUCAGGUGCAAGUUCUUGGCAGUGCAUCAUUGGUGACUAAAGGAAGAGAGUUUGAGUAUAGCACUAUUCUAUAUUUGGUUACAACAUUGGAUCUUUCAGGUAACAAAUUCUCCGGCCCCAUUCCCAAGGAACUUGUGGGACUCUUAGGCUUGCGCUGGUUAAAUUUGUCAGGAAAUCAUUUAACGGGAAGAAUUCCCGAGGCGAUUGGUAAUAUGGCAUUACUUGAAUCUCUUGAUUUGUCUGUGAACCAGCUUGAUGGGAGGAUACCUUGGAGCAUGUCUAGGUUGACAAAGUUAAGUUGGUUGAGCAUAUCUUGCAACAAAUUGACUGGAGAAAUCCCAACAAGUACUCAGCUCCAGAGCUUCAAUGAAUCCAGUUUCAUGGCAAACACACUCUGUGGUCCUCCACUUGCAGAGGUAUGCAACAAGAAAAAGGUCUCAAAUAGAGGAAGUGGAGAAGUAAAUGGUGAUGGAGUGGACUGGGGAUUUAUCAUCAGCAUUUUGGUCGGAUUUAUAAUUGCGUUCUGGGCUGUGGUUGCUCCUCUGAUUGCCAACAAAGUAUGGAGAAGUGCUUACUUCUAUUUUCUCUACAAAGUGUGGUUCAAGAUUCGUAUUACUUAUCGUAAGUGUUUCUUUAACAUGCCACCCAAUUGA